CACGCCUUGCGCGCGCGCCUCCUCACAACGGUUCCUGCCGUCUUUAUAAUGUUUAUUAAAAGGUAGAUCUACAUCAGACUCUAGGCGAUGACGUCGCGACGUAAAUAAGUUAGAGCACGGCGCGGCGGGAAGAUUAAUGGACCAGACGACGUUUAUAUACCGAACCGGUUGACACGUCUACAGCUACACGUCAGGGACAGUCUUACACUACAUGGAGUCCUGAGUUUGCACUGACUAGCUGCACCAGUGCAUCUGGCUGAAGCCCCGCCGUGCACCGACCUCAGGACAGGAGAAAACCUUACUCUAAUCUGCCCAGAGCUAUGAGGCUGAGGAUGAAGCUCCCGGACCUGGACAAGAAUGCUGUGGCGUACGCCUCGCUAGCGUUUGCCAAUGCCAUCAUGAACCCGCUCUUCAACUUCUACUACGUGAAACUCUUCCUGAACAGCUACAAGAUCUCGGAGGUCUGGUUUAACCAGGCUCAGGUCCUCUACAUGGUCUGGAAUGCUGUUAACGACCCGCUGUUUGGCUACUUCCAAGACAACUCGAGCCUGGCGUGCUUCCGGCGCCGCCGGACCUCCAUCCUGUACAGUGCUCCGCUCUUUGCGCUCAGCUUCCUCAUCCCAUGGUUUCCAUGGGGACGGUACCAGCCUGACGAUUGGCUGAUCGGUGUACACCUGAUCGUGGCGCUGAAUCUGUAUGACACCCUGUUCACGUUCGUCCUGCUGCAGCACUGCGCGCUGUUUGCCGAGGUGUCCCGUAAGCACGACGACCGUGUGCGGCUGAUGAAGUACUGCCUGGUGGCCGCUCUGGUUGGGACCGGUCCGAGCGUUGGCAUUGCCGCAGCCGUCUCCAACAACAUGGAGAACCUGCACAACUUCCGUGUCUUCACCGUGCUGGUGGCUGCGCUUGCCUGGGGCAGCAUGCACUACGCAGCGCUCAACAUCCGCACGGAAAUCGACGCCACACGCGACCAGGCCCUCCUUGAGGCUGAGAGCCAGCCCAAGCACGAAGCAGCCACGUCUACCUCCAUCUGGAAACUGACAUGGCAAAUAGUCACGCAGAGGAACUUCAUUCUGUUCGUUGUAAUGAACUUCCUGCAAGUCUUCCACAUGACAUUCCUGAUCAGCUUCGCCAUGAUAUUUGCGGACAACCUCCUACCCCAGGACAUGUUCAGCUCUGCGACCAGAAGUGUUCUCUACGGCUCCGGGUUUAUUAUUCCAAUGAUUGCUGCCCUGUUGCUAAGUCCAGUUGUGGAGCGGGUGGGGUCGUACAAGGUCAUCCUGGGCUCCUUCUACCUGGAACUGGUGUGUGCCGCGGGCAUGUUCGCCAUCGGGCCACAACCCUGGCUUAUCGUGGUGUAUAUGCUGCUGGACAUAAGUAUCCCGACAGCAAUUUUCAACCUGUUCAACAUCUCCAUAUCCGACCUCAUCGAUGACGACUGUGCAAAACAUGCCAGGAAGACCCCGCUGUCCUCCAUGUUCUUCGGGAUGAACGCGCUGUUCACGAAGCCGGCGCAGUCGCUUGCGCCGAUGCUGGUGGUGACCAUCCUGAACCGCUACGGGUACGAGGAACUGGUGCGGAGCACCACUGUGCCGGACGCCACCAGACACGACGAGCUCAAGCGGGUCAUGUUCCAGAUCUUCUGCCUCCUUCCUGCAACCCUCGCGUUUCUACAGAUCCUGGUCUGGAAACCCUAUAGUCUUAGGAACAGUCACGCAUCAGCAGCCAAGUACAUCGACAAUUAGUCUAGAACCUACAGUUCAAGGAACAGUCAUGCCAGUCAUUCAACAGCCAAGUACAUUGACACUUAGUCUGGAACCUACAGCCUUAGGAACAGUCACGCGUCAACAGCCAAGUACAUCUGACUAAGCAUAGAAACAGUCACGCUGCAACAGCCAAGUACACAUACACUUAUGGGGCUACAAACAGCAAGAAGAAAAUAGUUUCUUUUUACCUUUCAGUGUGUAAUUGUUAUUCUUCUCCCCUUUUUCUGAUGUAAGACUUCUCUUUCGAUUAAGGGAUUUAAAGCCAAGCUGGUAUGUUAUGCCAGAGGGCUGCAAUACUGACCAUACAGAAUGAUGUACUGACAUGAUUGCUAAUUUACUUUGUAUAAUUUGUUUCAAAAAUUGAAUAUUUAUUUCACUCGCAUUAUUUUUAUCAUCUCUAGUCAUGGGAGGAACUAAGGUGCUAAUGUUAGGUGUAUUAUCUUUGACUUCCAAAGUCUGUAUUCUGUCAUGGGUGUUCUGUAAUGGUUCUGGGCUCCCUUGGAAAUAUUUCUCUGAAGGGACUAAUGGUCUGUAUUCAAGAUUGAGAAAUAAAUAAAUGAUUAAAAA